AGGCCCACAGCAUCUCGCUUUCUUUGGACCCCCCUAGUCGCGCCUCUUCCCAUUCAUCCUCUACUAGCCUUAUUUAUUUCUCCCCUGUACUAGCUUUUCUUCGGCCCUUCCGCCUUAUGAUUUUGAUUUCUUCAUCUAGUACUUGCUCCAAUAACAUGAUCGCUUUGUCACUUCAGUAGCUUCUUGAUAUAUUCAGCAACUGCUACAUUUACGCGUUUAUGUCCCUCAUACUGUCUGAACAAUGGGACCCAACUACCUCUAGCUGCACCUAGUACAUCAAGGACAGUCACCAUGGCCAUUCCCGCGGACCAAACGCUUCGGAACCACUUGCAGCACAUGCAAGAUCAUUAUGACGAAGAAGCGCCACCGCCGUCCCCUUAUAAGGACAACGUUGCGACUGGCCCAGCACACCAAUCUUCUGCAGGUGGUCCUUAUCAACAUGGGCGAGGAAUCAUUGCAGCAGGAUCUUCCCCCAGUUCCUCUUCAACUACCCGGGGCGGCCCACGGUACUUAGAACAGCCGGAUGGCAUCGAGCUGAUCGACCCGACAAGUGCGCCAAAUACAAACAAAGUAUGAAAGCCUCAGGUUGGAAAUCCUCAAAGUGGAAAUGGUUUGUCAUGCUUAAAAUGGAUACCAGUUGCAGCGCCAUUUGUAGUCCGCGCAUGACAAAUUUCCCGGGCACUCAAAGCGUGUCUGUCAUGCUAGUUAGCCAAAGGGGUGCCCUUCUGUCGUGCUAAUCAGCAGCCCAAUUCUUCACCCCUAGCAGGACAAUAGUCGGCCUCCAUUGUGUCCUCUGCAAUACAGUCUUUUUUGCCUUGCAUUUUAUGCAUGACAAAUCAUGAUUUCAACUUUGACGAUUUCGAUCCUGACGCUUCCAUACAAAGACCGCAGAAAGUACAUCACCCAUGCUGAUGUAGACGGGGAGGAAGAAAAUAUCCUAAAGCAAUCCCUCGUGCCCCUCUGCGGCGGGUUGCUGUUUAUUUUUAUCGUCCUGUUCAUCGUCAACACUCUGUCGAAGAACGGGAUUUUCGGACGGCACAACAAGCACUUCUUCAGCAAGUACUUGGCCGAAGAGGUUGGGAUCAUCAGCGAAAACGGGUAUAUGCAGCACACACUAGAAUGGGUAGAAGACGAAAUCGAGAAUGAUUUGGACAAAUGGCGGGACAUUCUGCACAUGGAGAAUGGCGGGAUGGACAGCGGCGCCGCAGUUGCAGCGGAUGAAGACCUCCGCGCAGCAGGUGGAACGAGCGCAUCAUCUCCUGCCUCUGUAGGUCAUCGCGACAACGGGGCCAUAAUUCCUUACAAAUCCACUUCCGAAGAAAGCCCGAAGCAUUUAUCGGACCACCCGCACCCGAAGGAGACCAAUCUGAUGAAAUUGCCGAUCACCUGGGAAGACGAAAUGCCGUCCGACUUGGAUUUCCGAAGGAAGAUGCGCAGCCGGGUCUUUGUACAGCUAGAUACGAGAAAGUCGAACGCGAAGAUGUUAUUACCUCCGAGAAAUUUAAAUGUCCACGGGUAUCGGGGGAUCAGUAUCGGGAAAUAUGGUGCGACGAGUGCGACGACGUCGGAGCAGGGGAAGUCCUCGGUCCUCUACUUCACGUUGGAGAUGAUAAAUCAGGGUAACCAGCCCUGGGAAAUUUCCGACCACAUUAUGCUCCGAGAACUCGCUGACAGUUACUUUCACCACGAGAUUUUGCAUGAUGAGGAGGAGUUGUUGAAGAAGCACCCAGACGGGUUACCACCAGGAGGUGAAAUAAAUGAUGACACCUCCACUCCCUUCUACGACGACACGCGCGGAAUGAAGAAGAUCCCGCACGAUUUGCUGAUGCACCACCGAGUCGGGGAUUACGACCUGCACGACGGCAAAACCGCGGUGCAGGAGAAACUCUACGAGGAUAACGACGUGGACCACGACGACGAUGUGUUUUACUCCCAUAAUCUCCACCACGACUACUUGCACGAUAAGCAAGCGCGGGAACACCACGGCGUUUUCGGGCGGGAUUUGAGUUUCACGCACGGGGAAGUCGACAAAUUGGACACGCAUCUACACGAUCACAAGCUUCACUUGACCCACGACUUCGCCGUGCCGCACGUUCACAACGACGACACGGGAGAAGGCGGAAAGAACGCCGCACCGUUUGUCACCUUGCUGUCUGAGGGAGUCGUGUCGACGAAGUACCAGAACCACAAGGAAACAAAUGUGAAGGAGACGCCGAUUCCGGAGAACGACGGCGCUCCCGGUGUAAAAAAGAAUGCUGCAAUUUCUACUGCCACGCCGGCCAAUGGCAUUGGGAUUCCGAUCAAACUCCACCCGAAUCAGUCCGUCAAAUGGCACUUGCGGGUGAACUUCAACGCAGCGAACGCAAGCGCCAUAGCGCACAAGAAGUACGCGUUUUCGGUGGUGGAGUGGAUGUUCGAUGCGGAACACCAGUUUUGUGACGACGACGAUGCUGACCACAGUAUGUGUUCCGGCCAGAAAAAACCGGUGCUGCGAAAUUUCGGGCCGGUGAUCAUUAUCGAGAUGGAAAAUAAGGAGGAACAUGCUCAUGGUGCCGGGCAGCAGAGUGAGAAUAGGUAAAAAGUAGGACCACGACGACCACGGUCGUGUCGCUUGGGAAUAUGAGUAUACUAAACUACGCGACAUAAUAAAUUGUAAUUCUUUCAUAGUGAUGAACGCACAGCAUGGCAGAUACAGAUUCCCAAGAAACUACUACUCCGCAGUGCGACACAGAGUCAGCAGAUCAGUCAAUCGAAUACCACAUACAAAAGCAUCAGGGUCCUCCAUAAGUACAACAAU